AUUGCCAAGCAACAAGUGUUCCCAAGAGGGUGGAUUCCUAACUGAGAUUCUUAUCUUCUCCUGAUAUAAAAAUGACAAGUUCAAUACAACCCUUUCAUAGAUGGCUCAGUUGCUUCAGAGGAAUUUAUCGGACAGGGUCAUGUUGUCGGUAAGGCGACUUGUCAGGCGAUUCUUGGGUUAUUUUUGUGCCCUAAAUGGAAUUGUGAAUUUUUACAUGGAUUACGAAUCGGAUAAAUUGCGCUGGAGUCGAUGCUUAGUCAUCUACAGGAUACUUCAAAACUUCAUAGUUCUUAUCAUGUCAAUGAAGUUUUUUUUUAAUUUUUGGGAGAUACUCGCUGAAGAAAUGGAAAAAUCUACUCUGAUGACGAUUAACUUUCUGAUUUAUUUUGCAUUGGUGUUUCUCACUUUAAUCAGCUGCAUGGCAUGUACUUACCGCUGGCAAAAGAGAAUCUUUAGGAUUUUUAAUAAGCUACAAAGGCAAAAGAAGCUCUGCGAGAUGAUGGGAUACAGAGUGCCGAAGGAGAAACAGCUUUAUAUGGACCGAUUGCUUUAUAUACUCACUGCUCUGCUGAUCCUUCGUCUUGGAAUUCAUGUGGCCAUGUUUGUUUUUCAAGCAGAAUUGCACUUCAAACAUCCCUGCAACUGUUUUUUUUCCGAAUGCAUGAUAUUUGCGAUGAGCUACUUGUUUUUUGCCCUCUUGGCUAAGAUAUGCCAAAGUUGGUGGCGACUGGAAUUCGGCCUUAAGAUGUUAAUUUUUAAUCAGAAACCCAUACCUGUCUCUCGGCAAUUAGGUGAGCUUUGCAGGCUGCGCAACAUGUUUCAGUCCCUGAUCAACUUACUCUCGGAGCUGUGCUCCAUAUUCCAAUGGGUCCUUCUGUGCUACUUGGCUCGGAAUAUUUGGAGUGGCAUUGUGGUUGGUUACUUAGAGGUUCGCUUAGUGUACAGAUAUGGACGUGACGACGAGGAGUUGAUGUACCUGGGGCUAGGCUUCGUCAUCUGCCUUCAACCAAUUAUGCUUUCCUGUUUGUUGAGCACUAUUAGCUUUAAAACAUGUUCCCUACUCGAGGAGACGAGGGACCUCUUGAAAACCCCGCACAAGCGAAGUGCCCAGGUAGAGCAAAGCGUCGAAUGGUGGUCACUGCAACUGGCCUGGCAGCACACAUGCGUCUCCAUUUUUGGCACAUUUCGCUUGAAUCGCGCGUUGGCAUUUCAACACGUUGCUGUCAUUUGGUUGCAUACUCUAUACUUGGUGCAAAGUAACUACUAUUUCUUGACCAAGUAAAUUUCAACCCUCAACAUAAUUUUUUAAAACUUUAAUCCAAGAAGGAACUAUGCACUAUGUAAUUCCUUAAAAGAAUACAUUUCCAAUCAAUAAAAACACAAAUGUUUAGUUUUGAAAGUAUCAUUUUGCUCUUGUCUUUUCUGUUUUAUUUUUAUUAUAGAAUUUUUAUUUUGUUUAGCUUACUUCAUACAAUUAGUUGUUUAGGUUUUUAUUCAUUCUGAUUUCGAUUUAUUGUUUAAAAUCAACAUUCAUAAACACGUUCAUUGAGAUGAUUUUUAGCGUUUCUUGCAUUCUUUGUUGUAUAUUUUCAAUCGCUUAAAAUAGUUUUGAAAAUGAUUUAUAUUGUGGGAGUUCUUGUAGCGUGAUUGGUGUUAGAGAUUGGUGUUAAUGAUUCGAUUCGGUGUGAUGAGAGUGGUGGAUCCUUAGGUAUACGUACAUAUGUAGAGCGGUGUUCUAUGGACAGACGCCUAGUACAAAAUGUGCACAUCCUAUCCGACAUAAUGGGUUAAUGGCUGAUCGGGGAUCGGAAACAACGGGGGGUUACAUCAGUGCAUUAAUGCAGGACAUGAAGCGUAAAAAGCCAACCGAGCAACAAGUAAUAAAGUAUCCCUAAAUCCCUAGAUGCUGUGAUUUUCAUUAGCUUCGAUCUGUACAUUGAGUGUAAAUAUACAAAUAUGCCUGUGUUGUCUGCCUGUAUACAUAUAUAUAAAGACGCAAAAUAUAUCUAUUUAUGAUCUGUAGUUUGUGUGUGUGUUCCCCUCAACUCGCACAUCCUUUCCUUCUAUUUUUUGUAUGUCUAAAAAUGUUCGCGCGUAAAACGUUUUUCCGUUAGUUUCGGUUGCAUCUGCUGCAUAAUUUGCUUUGCAAAAAAUAUAGUCGCCCCACACGCACACCAGCCCACCGUAGGAUGUGCAGGACAUGUGCGUGUGUGCGCGCUCUCUAUCUCUUUUCUUUUUGUUUUUGUUUUUGUUUUAGUUCUGUAGGUACUCGAUUCUCACCAAUGUUUAAUUGAAGUGUUAAACAUCUCUGCUGCUCUGUAUUUCGGAUAUUCGUUAUGUUUUUGUUAUGUUUUUUUUUUUAAAGGGUUAAAGGUCAAGGGUCGCUCGUGAUUGGGUUUCGGUUUGUUGGGUCCUCGAGUUCUUUAGCUGCUAUUACAUUAGUUUCGGUGUCGACUUAAGCUUUUCACAUUAAGACAACGGUUCGUAUGAUUAAUGCACAUCUAUGUAUCUAGGGGUACUGCAUAUACGUAUAGGUAUAGGUAUAUGAACAAUCAUUGCCGUCGUCAGAGGGGAGUUCUUGUUCUUGUUCUUGCUCUUGCUCUCGUUCUUGUUCUCGAUCGCUAUUCGUAAUUUCGGUUAGAUAUAUGUAUGCAUAUGGUUAUAUAUAUUAUCUGUAUUUAAAUAUAUGUAUACUGUAUACAUGUAUAAUUAUAUGCUUAUAUAGUUGCUGCUGCUGCUGCACAGUGGCUGUACUUUGUUUAACAUGGAAUAUACACGACACUUAGUUGCUGGUUAUUAUUUUUACUUGGUUUCAAAUGGUUUUUCUUUCUUUCGUUUGGAAAUGCAAAACACCGUAUUUUUAGUGUUAGUUACUCUGUGUCUGUGUGCCUCUCUGCUCGUUUUGUUUUUGUUUUCCCUUUUUCUUUUCUUUUCUUUUCUUUUAUUUUUUUGUUUGGUUGGUUUUUCACCUGCUCCAGGCCUUCGCCUCUGGCUAAUGGGCGUGGCAGGGGGUGGUUGCCGCCCCGUUUAGCGCCUCUUUUGUACCUUGUUAUGUGGUGAUCAGUGGCGGCGAUCCUGGCGACCGCCGCCUGCCUUUAAAGUAUGCUCUAGCCUAACCUCGCGGACAACCAGUUCAACUAGUUGGCUAGUCCAAGCAGAACCGAGAUAAGUACACAGUGGGGGUAAUAGAAUCUUCGUAACAGCAAACAAGUCAACAAGGUAAACAAAACAAAGAUGAAUCGAUCUGAUUGGGUACGUUACUUCUAUACAUGUAGACACAACAACAAGUAUAUAUAUAUCUAUAUAUAUAUAUAAUAUAUCAUAGAUUUAUCUCUCAUUAAUCUCCGUCUUACUGCUUACGAA